AUCAGACUGUAAAGAAACAAGGCUCUGACGGUUACAGUGACUGGUAGAAAUGGAAGAUUCACGUCCCCGGAGCCUCAGGAAACCGGAUACUUCUCAGUGUUUCAUGCUGUCAAAGCUAAACUGGACACUUCCUCCAGAAACAGGUACAUUUAUAGACAGUUUUGACGCCUACAGCUGAUUUGCCGCCACCUCCGACCUCAGUGAGAACAACAAGCAAUGUUGGGUAACGUUACUAAAAACUUUCUAUGUUACAAAAUUACUGAUAAUAAAAAGUAACUCAUCAUGUCAGUUACCAACUGAGACAAGUAACUUGUUAGAGUACUUCUGUGUUACCACCACAGUGAAAGAGUUCUUCGCAGCUGACAGACACUUGGACUCAGAAGUCUGAAUGAUAAAUUAAACAUAAUCAAAACGUCAAAACAAAGGCUUUCCAUGCGUGUGAACACAAACGCAAGAUCGUCACCUCAUCUUCUCUUUCGCGUGCCUCCGAACAAAAAACAACCAUUCACAAAACGUGAAACGAAAACGGGUGUUUUUUGAGACUAAUUCGACCCAUAAAGCUGAACUCUCCAGCGCCCCCUGGAGGACGUUUCUGUCUUUGUCCUGCUGAAUGUCCAUGCACGUAAUUUCACCAGGAUUAAUAUGUCCUUCAGAAUAAUGAACUAUAUUACAGAGGAGCACAGUGAAUAUUGUGAUGUUAAUCUCCAAAUGGGACUCUAGUUUUUUUUUUUUUUAAUACAGUUAAUUGAGUGUAAAUAGAGUGAAGUGAAAUGGGAAAUUUGUCGACUUAAAGUUUACAAAUAUUCAGACGUUUUAAGUCGUUAAUCUGUCAUAAAUGUGAAUCCAUCAUAUCUUAAUUUCAACAUGAGCUUUUAGAAGUAAAAUAUAGGCUGCUCAGAGUUCAUGCAGAUUAUUUAAAUCAGUCAUUAGCAGCAAAAAGGUUUUUUUUAAGCAUCGCAGCACUAACACUGAAGGCAGCAGUGACUGUUUUAUUUCACUGAUGAACUGUAAUAUUCAUACAAUAUCUUUUGUUAUUUUCAAUUUAUUUAUUUUUAAUAUUCUGCUUGUCAGUGUCUUUCUCAACCAGAUGAACGACAACAUCCUUCUUUGCCUCGUUUCUCUUUAAGAUAGAGGCAAUCAGGAGGAGUCGGGGGGGGGGCUGCUCCUGUUGUCAGCUGCCCAGCCUGAGGGCCUCACAGCUGGGGGACACUUCUGCACAGCCCUGGGCUCAUCAUGGAGCUCCAGAAAUGACCCAGUCUGUGUGAUGUGUGUAUUCAUCAUCAGCAAUUACUAACAGCCCUAUCUACUCUAUCCAUCUAUCUAUAGCUCAACCAUGACUUAAUUAAUCAUAAUCAGUCAACUAAUUCAUUGAUUAGCUGAUUGUUUCAGCUUGACAUUUACGUUCUGUUGGGGAGUUUCAUUCAUAACAAAACAUCAUUUUUAACAGUAAAGUCAGUAAAUCAAGUCAGAUAAAUGUGGGGGAGCAGAGGUAUAAAGGAAAUAAAAUAAUGUACAGGUCCAUCAGGUUUGUGCUUGAGUAAAUGUACUUAGUUACUUUCCACCACUGGAGAAAGUGAGGUGGACUCAGUGUUUUUAUUUUCAUCUGACGACUGUGUCAAAGCAACAGAGAGAAACUGGAGCUGAUGAGUUUGUUCAGCAGAAAUAUGACUGUGAGCUUCUCAUGUAAAGAAACCUGCAGCAGAGAGUCCCGGACGGGUUCUAGAACCAGACCUUGAUCAAAGGCCAAACCGUGUUCCAAAUGGAACCAGAUCUCAGCUGUGUCAUAAACACUGAACACGUCAGAGUGAGCGGAACGUUAGAACCAGAGACCAGAGAGUUAGUUUACCACAGCUACUACAGAACAAACCAUUUCACAGACCAGUUAUUCAACACAGUUUCAGAGACCUGUUGUAUAAACCAGUUUCAGAGAACAGUUUUACAGACAAGCUUCAAUGUCUGGAGUUUUUAGUUCAGACUUUCUCCCUCCGAGUGAGGUGGAGAAAGAAACUGACCUGGAUCAGACAUCUCAGGACCAGAUCACCAACAAGGACCAGACUUCUGACCAGGAUCAGAUCAUUGACCUGGAUCAAACAUCUGACCAGAGUCCAACGUCUGAGGAUCAAACCUCUGAAGACGAGACCUCUGAGGAUCAAACCUCAGAGAACAAGAUCAUCGAUCAAGAGGAGACUUCUGACCAAGAUCGGACCUCCAACCAGGAUCAGACCACCGACCUGCUGACCCAGCAGGCAGCCCUGAUGCUGUUCCUGGAGGAGAAGGUGCUGUUUGACUGUAAGGAGGAGGAGGACCUGAUCUCCGCCAUGCUCUCAUCCUUCAUCGGCAGCCUGGAGGACAGAGAGUGGCAGAGCCUGCAGGACCGGAUGGUGGAGCAGAUGUCUCAGACUCACCUGGCUCAGGUGUCUGAGAGGAUCAUCAGGGUGGUGUCUCAGCUGGUCCUCCAGCUGCUCACCCCAGCUCUGAAGGUCCAGUUCCAACCUGAAGACCUGCCUAGAGCGCCCCCCUCUGAGAGAGAGGAGGAGGAAGAGGAGCAUCAGAGCAACAACGACGACAGGUAAGAAGAAAACACCUCAUCACAUGGUAACUGUGAUCUGGGCUGUGAUUGGCUACUGUCAAUUCUCCACCACUCACACUUAACACCAGGGUUUCUGCAGGUCUUGAAAAGUCUAAAGGGUUGAACUAAACCUUGAACACUGAAUCUGAAUCAGUCUGUGUUUGUUUCUCUGUAGACCCUCUGCUGCUCUGAGACCGGUGCCUGGAGAUCUGCGAAAGUAUUUGGAAGUCGAUGAAGAAGCCCUGGUUCGCUCAUUGGGCAGCUCCGCCUCCCAGCUGCCAGUGAGGAGCAUGCUGGGAGAUUUAGUGAAGCAGCUGAACCAGGGUCUGUGUUUGCUGGCUGCUCAGAGCCAGGACAGCGCUGAGGCCGAAGGGUCAGAGGUCA